AUGGCGGCGGCCGGCCCUCUCCCCGGGACCCCGGACCUGCCCACGCUGCACGCUAAGUUACGGGGCUUGCUGCGCUUCCUGCGGGGCGCCCUGCCCAUUUCCAGCGCGCACACGGUGGACUUCUACACCGAAUCGCUCUGGCAGGAGCUGGUCGACUUGCCCCCGGCGAGCGUGCUGGCGGCGCUGAGGAAGUCGGCGGCCGAGGCCGGGCCGCGUGAGGCGCUUCCCCCGAGAGAAGCCGAGUCGGGAUCAGGUUUUAUUGAUCUCCCCAAAAUAUUUUGUGAAAAUUCUCAGAAGCUGUUGAGUGUGGAAGCCUUUGCUCUGGCUGCAAAACACUAUUCUGUGCAAAACUUGGGACUGUGUACUCCUUUUGAGGAACUGCUUACAGCCCUACGAGUAAAUAAAAAACAGAGAAUUGGUGAAAAUGUGAAGGCAGCUCAGUUUAUGAAUACAAAAAAAUCUCAUGAGGUUCAGGCAAUGUCAGAGCUGAUCUCUAGUAUUGCUGAUUACUGUGGCCUAAAGCAGAUAAUUGACGUGGGUUCUGGUAAAGGCUACCUAAGCUCCUUUUUGUCCUUAAAGUAUGGUUUAAAUGUUUAUGGCAUUGAUUCCUCAAAUACUAAUACUCAUGGAGCUAAGGAGAGAAACAGGAAGUUGAAGAAACAUUGGAAGCUGCAUCAUUCUCAGUCAAAAGUAGAUGCCAAUAGACUGGCAUUACAAGUGCCAAAAGAAAUGAAAGUGCAAAAGGAAUUAAAGUGUAAGGAAGACUUCGAGAGUGUGCUGAAGAAUAGUCUUGUGCAUCAAGAGCUGUCUACUGAUGUCUUGCCAGAUUUUUCAGGUUCUACAGUUUCAAUCAUCAGAAAACAGCAAGAAAAUCUACAUGCUCAGCCACUUGAAGAAGAGAAUUUGUGUUUUGAAAAUGGUUUUUCUCUCAUAGAAUUUUUGCCUGUUGGUGCCAUUGAACCUACUUCAUCACAGGUGUUCAACACAGAAGUGUCUGAAAUUAGGAGAGAGAGAAGAAAUGUGACAUCCAAACCAAGUGACUCAAGUGUAUAUUCACCACUAACAUCUUUUAUCACUGCUGACUCAGUACUGCAUGACAUUAUUCAAGAUCUGGAGGACUGUUUAAUGGUGGGUCUUCAUACUUGCGGUGACCUUGCACCAAAUACUCUUCGGAUAUUUGCAUCCAAGUCUGAGGUCAAGGGAGUUUGCAGUGUGGGCUGUUGCUACCAUCUCUUAUCUGAGGAAUUUGAAAACCAGCAUAAAGAAUGUGCUCAAGAAAACUCGGGAUUUCCAAUGUGCCGCUAUCUGAAAGAGGAGAGAUGGUGCUGUGGCCGUAAUGCAAGAAUGUCAGCAUGUUUGGCAUUGGAACGGGUUGCAGUUGGCCAAGGGCUGCCUACCGAAUCACUCUUCUAUCGUGCUGUUCUUCAGAAUAUUAUUAAAGAUUAUUAUGGCAUCAGCAAAUGUGAUCGGCACGUUGGUAAAAUUUAUUCCAAAUGUUCUUCCUUUCUGGAUUAUGUCAGAAUGUCUCUAAAGAAGCUUGGAUUAGAUGAGUCCAAGGUCUCUGAAGAAAUUAUAAUGGACUACUAUGAGAAACAUAAACCUAGAAUGAAUGAGCUGGAGGCAUUUAAUAUGUUGAAAGUUGUUCUGGCUCCUUGUAUAGAAACCCUGAUUCUUCUUGAUCGACUUUGUUACCUGAAGGAACAGGAGGAUAUAGCAUGGUCUGCUAUUGUGAAGCUGUUUGAUCCUGUGCAGUCUCCCAGAUGCUACGCCAUCAUUGCUCUCAAGAACCAACGUGACCACAGCUGAAGCAGAUUGUGAGUCUGCCUGUUUGGGGACUUACCUCAAAGACUACUUUUCUACACAUUUAUAUCCUGUCAUGUAAACAUUUUUAAAUUUCUGUAUUUUUGAACAAUAAAAUAAUGGCUAACAACAUAAAAUCAUCCUCAGUUUUUCUUC